CCCUUUUUGGAAUGUGUGUUCCAGAUAUUUCCCUUUCUUCCCCAAAGAAGAAGUUUUCAUUAAAAAUCGAACUGUUUAUUUGGCACUUUGAGGCAGCCCUUUUUUGAGGAAACCGCAGCAAUGGGUGGCUUUGGAGCCCAAGUUCGAAGAAACCAGUUCAUUCUCCUGGUGCUCUUUCUUUUGCAAAUUCAGAGUCUGGGUCUGGACCUCGACAGUCGUCCUACGACUGAAGUCUGUGCCACACACACCAUUUCACCAGGACCCAAAGGAGAUGAUGGUGAAAAAGGAGAUCCAGGAGAGGAGGGAAAGCUUGGCAAAGUGGGACGCAUGGGGCCGAAAGGAGUUAAGGGAGAACUGGGUGAUGUAGGAGAUCAAGGCAAUAUUGGCAAGACUGGGCCCAUUGGCAAGAAGGGUGACAAAGGGGAAAAGGGUUUGCCUGGAAUACCUGGGGGAAAAGGCAAAGCAGGUACUGUCUGUGAUUGUGGAAGAUACCGAAAAGUUGUUGGACAGCUAGACAUCAGUGUGGCUCGCCUUAAGACUUCAAUGAAGUUUGUUAAGAAUGUCAUAGCAGGGAUUAGGGAAACCGAAGAGAAAUUCUACUACAUCGUGCAGGAGGAGAAGAACUACAGGGAAUCCCUGACCCACUGCCGCAUCCGGGGUGGAAUGCUAGCCAUGCCCAAGGACGAAGCUGCCAACACGCUGCUGGCUGACUACGUCUCCAAGAGUGGCUUCUUCCGGGUGUUCAUCGGGGUGAACGACCUGGAGAGGGAGGGUCAGUAUGUGUUCACAGAUAACACUCCCCUGCAGAACUACAGCAACUGGAAGGAGGGUGAGCCCAGCGACCCCUAUGGCCACGAGGACUGUGUGGAGAUGCUGAGCUCAGGCAGGUGGAAUGACACUGAGUGCCAUCUUACCAUGUACUUUGUCUGUGAAUUCAUCAAGAAGAAAAAGUAACGUCCCUCACCCUACACAUUCGUCAUUUCCCUGUGACUAUCGUCGCUGUUAUUUUUAUCCAUCCUUUUCUAAUUAUACUACAUUCAUUC